GGUAAGAUGUAAACUUAGCUGCUUGGCCAAAUUAUAAUAUAUAGCACACUUAAGAAUGUGAUGAUGUACUCUUUUUUUUGGACCAUGGAGGGCUCCAAGUCGUCCAGCACCACCAUGCAGGUGAGCUUCGUGUGUCAGCGCUGCAACCAGCCUCUCAAACUCGACACUAGCUUCAACGUCCUGGACCGCCUCACCAUCCAGGAGCUCAUCGCUCCACUGGUCACUGUGACACAGAGCAAGCAAACAGAAAGCGGAAAUGCAGACGCUCCGGCCGAGGAGACGUUUGUGGAGAGUAAGCAGGACGGCGUCUCGCGCAAGUCCAUCCCUCCUGCCAGGAUGAUGUCCACAGAAAGCGCUAACAGCUUCACGCUGAUCGGCGAGGCCUCGGACGGAGGAACCAUGGAGAACCUGAGCCGCAGGUUAAAGGUAACGAGCGAUCUGUUCGACAUCAUGUCGGGUCAGAGCGACGUGGAUCACCCGCUGUGUGAGGAGUGUACAGACACGCUGCUCGAUCACCUGGACACACAGCUUAACAUCACCGAGAACGAGUGUCAGAACUACAAGAAGUGUCUGGAGCUUCUAUCGCAGCUGCAGGAGGAAGACGAGGACACGCUGCUGAAGGAGCUGCAGCAGCUCAGGCAGGAGGAGGAGACGCUCAUCCAGGAGCUGGAGGCCAUCGAGCAGCAGAGGGAAUCCGUCGCCAUGGAGAUCACAGAGGCACGACGCCACGCCCAGCAGCUGGAUACCGAGGAGCUGCAGUACCAGAAGGAGUACUGCGAGUUUAAACGGCAGCAGCUGGAGCUGGACGAUGAACUGAAGAGUGUGGACAAUCAGAUGCGCUACUGCCAGGCUCAACUGGACCGGCUGAAGAAAACCAACGUCUUUAACGCCACCUUUCACAUCUGGCACAGCGGGCAGUUUGGGACGAUAAAUAAUUUCCGUCUGGGGCGAUUACCCAGCGUUCCUGUGGAGUGGAACGAGAUCAACGCUGCCUGGGGUCAGACUGUCCUGCUGCUGCACGCUCUCGCGAACAAGAUGGGGCUGCGCUUCCAGAGAUAUCGGCUCGUUCCUUACGGAAACCACUCGUACCUGGAGUCGCUCACAGACAAGUCCAAGGAGUUGCCGCUGUACUGCUCGGGAGGGCUGCGCUUCUUCUGGGAUAACAAGUUCGACCAUGCCAUGGUGGCGUUUUUAGACUGCGUGCAGCAGUUUAAAGAGGAAGUGGAGAAAGGCGACACGGGGUUCUGCCUACCGUACAGAAUGGACGUGGACAAGGGGAAGAUCGAGGACACGGGCGGAAGCGGAGGAUCGUACUCCAUUAAAACGCAGUUCAACUCCGAGGAGCAGUGGACCAAGGCGCUCAAGUUUAUGCUCACCAAUCUGAAAUGGGGCCUGGCGUGGGUCUCGUCCCAAUUCUACAACCGUUAAUAGUGCGCACGAGAGAGAGAACCAGGCUUGCUAGAUCUCUGAACCCUGCUGUGGUGAACGUUUUGCUGAAACGGCGAGACCUUAGAUGCGCUUGCCGAGCAUUUCUACGCUGGUUUAAACGUCGUGAUUACGAGUUGUUGACUCUGACUUUGUCAUUUAACGUCGUGCACUUCGCAUGAAAUAAACGCAGCAUGUCACACA